ACGAACGGCAACUUCGUAACUCGCAUUCACGACCGACAUGUCGUAUCAUUCGAAAUUCCCCAGCAAAAACACACACCGCCGCUGCAAGCUCGGCGGUCCUAGAUAAGCAUGAGCGGAUUCGAUCACGCGUUACGAGUUCGCGAUACUGUGAACGUGCUCGCUGUGAAGUUCCCGGAUCGUGAGACUUAAGGUCAUUCUAAAGCUAGGAUGACUUUUCGCACGGAUUGACUCUCAAAGGAAGUUUGUUCGCAGUGUGGAUAUUUCGGAUUUAAGGAUCAAGAAGUGCUCCUCCAUUAUUACUAUACUCUUGUCCAGCUCGGCUCGCGAAGAAGUGGACCGGUCUGCCCGCAGGCUGUAGGCCAGUUCGUGUUUCGUAUACGAGGACCAGACGGAGGAAAGAAAUUUGUGAGAAAAAAAACGUGUGGAAAAACAGACGAGCGAGAAAGAAGGAUGUGUACAUUUCGCUAGAGGGAAGAAAAGAAAGUCAAAAAAUCGGCUUCGGGCAUACUUGCGGUGAGGAACACGAGGAGCAAGAGGUCGUCGCAAACAGAUUGAUCUAUGCCACAGAGAAAAUCUUAUGACGAUAAUAAGACUGGCUACUUUAGCACUGGCAAUGCCGAACAUCGAGAUUCAACAAGUUAAGAAACGAGGGUUGGAAAUGCGGUGAAUACAAAAGUGAAUCAAGAAUGAAAUGUUUCUGCCGACUAUUUCUAAGCGGAGAAUUGUGAAGAAGAGCCCGUGUGGGAGAGAAUAGCGGUUAGAAAAUUAGACGGUCUGCUUCGGGGCAGCUUAUGUUUCUGCCAGAGACCAGACGUGCGAAAAAUCGCGAGAGAGAGAGAGAGAGAGAGAGAGAGAGAAAGAAAAGAAGGGCUAAUCUCGUCAAGGACAAAGUGAAGUCAAAGCGAAGAAAAACGAGGGGUCGAGCGAGAGUAAUCAGCACGCAUCGCUUUAAUGGAUACGAUUAUAAAAAAAAAUUCUUAUCGUUAGUUAAAAACUUUAUCGUUAGGAAGAUAUUCAACUUACGUGUGCAUUACGAGAUAGAAAAAAGCAAAACUAUUUAAACAUAAAAAAUAUUUUUUUUUACAUAAUUUAUACCCAUUAAAUAGAAAUUUCAUAAAUAAAAAUAGACAUCAGGUUGAAGAAUGAAAAAAACUAAAUUGAUUAAACACGUACUAUUUAAUUUCUCCUGUAAGAUAUGCGAAAGGAAUACGAAUAAUUAAGAAAUGAUAUUGACCAAGAACUCACGAUAUUGAGAUUCAAAUGAGAAUACCAUUAGUGGAUAAAUUAUUAUUUACUUAGGAGAAAUCCAUCAUAUAGCGAUUGAAAAACCUAUUCUCGGAAAAAAAAAAAAACAAGCAAUAAUCUUAGAAGCCAUUGCUUCAUUGAAAAAUCUGGAAAACGUGAAAAAAUCUGGAAAAUUUUAAUUAAAUCCCUUGAAUUAAUCAAUGUGAUCACACAAUUUUUCUCUCGCGUAAAAUAUUUAUUUACAUUUAUCAAAAUCUCUAUACUUUUUACUAUCGAAAGAAGCUCAUCACAAAACAUUCGAAAUUAAUUUGACGAAAGUCUGCGAAGGCAGCUAAGGGCAGAUACAGAUAAAGAGCCGGCAAGAGAGAGUCAUCACGUCGCGACAGAUUCACCCUCGAGUAUAUGUCGUAAAAGGUAUUUAUUUGUGAAAGAUGGAGCAAAGUGGCCUAAGGUUCAUGGAGAUGCGUGGCUGAGGUCAAAGAUCGCAUCGAGGACAAAGAGAAAGGAUCGUGAAAGUUCCAAAGUAUUAGUGAAAGAAAAAAACCAAUCCGAGAAGUGGAUGUCUUGAAUGACGAAGAGAGUUGGGAGGAACGAUUGUAAAGGCGAUUCUCGAGUAACGUUUUUAUCCUCCUCGUCUCGCGAGGGGAAUGAAUAAAUAAAUACCGAAUUCAGGGUGCUUAUCGAAGAGAAUAGGCGUUAAAAAAAAAUAAGACGCCAAAGAGUGUCGAACAAAGAUGAACAGACAGAACGUAUCACCUCCAGGCAUCAAUUCCUGUGAAAGAAUCAGGCCGGAGCGUCCCAGAAAUACGAUACAGAGACUCGUAUGGGGUCCCGGCUCGCAGUUUCAGAUCGGCAAUAUCGGCAUCCUGGAAGAUGAGGGCUCAAAUCCGCGAAUGGCAUUGAGAAGAUUGCUAAGAUUGUACGAGGGUAGACAAUACAGGGAGGCAGCCGGCUUCUUGAUGAAACUACCGCAUUACACUCUGAAGGCUGCCUUGACAGAUAUUCCGGUGGACCUGUUGAUCGAGACGUUGCCGCACAGCCUCAUCUUGCUGGAGGCGCUCUAUUCCCGGCUGGUGGAGCUGAACGUCAACGAUACCAAGAUCUUGCGAAUCGAGCAAGUCCUCUGGAGGAUAGUGCAUCUGAUAUCGACCAGUCAGGAUCACUGCCGACCGCGGAUCUGGUGCAAACUUCUCGUAUCCUUGAAUAGAUUAUCGCCCAACACAAAGAACACACUGAUAUCGAGGAGACGCGCCCUAGAGAGAGCCGUUGAAGGACUCGGCAAGCACGGACUGGUGCCCUCUUCGCAAACAAACAACUCCGAGAAUUCCGUUACGCCAAAUCUGGUACCUUUGCCGUUUGCGUUGAAAGAGGAACUCGAAGCGCGAAUGGAGACUUACAAAUUAGCGUUACACAAAAUUGAGAACUUUGGCAAACAUGCUGGAACCCACAAAGCGGAUCAAGGUGUACAGGCAGCCUCGCAUCAGCGGCAACUUUCCCUGAAAUACAGUGAGAUCCAGCAGCGGCUGAUCGAUAAUCAAAGCCUGCUGAACACCUUGGAGAAAGCGGGAGGACCGUGCAGCUUGGAGAAUCUACUGGCGGAAUUGAAGCGUCGAGUCGAGCAGGACAAGGAAGCGCUCCGACAAUGGACGGCCUUACGAAAAUCGACCUUCACACCGACCAACGCAAAGAAUCCGGCUCUCGCCGCCAGGUUGCUGCAAUUUUCGAGGGGUUGCGCGCUCGCCCUGCAGUUUAUGAGCGAGAAUAGUUCGCAGGUAUUUCACCUCGAGGAUAACCUAGGCGAUGACUACGAGGAAGAAUCCAGCAGCGCUGGCUACCAUACAGACGAUAGUUGCAGCCCAACUCCGGAGCCCGUCGUAACGGGUAGCAACUGUGAAGUUCUCAGCGUGGAGGAGAAUUCCUCGGAUUUAACCUCGGCCGACAUUACGGUGGAGCGACUCGCCGAGAGAUACAGUGCUCUUUACGCCCAGGCCAAUCUGCAUACCCUGGAUGCAUUAGACGCACUAGAGUCACUCAAGGACGCUCCUGACUUAAAAGCGAAGAUUCUCUACUCGGUGGUAGUGCUCUCGUGGCGUUUAGCCGGCAUGGUCCAAACAUCGAGGCGCCUGGAGGCCUUGAAGAUCCUAAACGGCGCGGCCGCAUCGCAGACGUCGGCGACGACGCCGGAGCUUGAGGAAUGCAUAAAACGACAACUGGCCACUUCCGGCGCGCAGACCGGUUCCCGCGAGGUCGCCGAUCAGGUGGUCGGCCAGUUGGAGAGGACACUGUACGACUUUCCGUGUCUGCGUGGCUGCACCGAGGUCAAGAGUUAUGCCACCGCGUGUUCUACUUUAGCCUGGGCGUGUCUGGCACGUUCCACGCCGCUGGUGCUCGAUGUAGCACAGAGUCUGGAGUUUCGCAGAGAGGUCCACGUAAGGCAUCAUGCUUCCCCAAAUCCGCACGGAAUCAGGAUCAGAUCGGUCCUAUGGCCAGGACUUCGGGAAGGCUGUCAAGGUCCCUGCCUUCAUAGAGCCGUCGUGAUGACUUGUUAAAGUACUUGCGGCAC